UGGUAUCCAAAAUUACCGAUUUUCUUCCUGUUACAUCCUUCAAAGUAGAUAAGUUAGAAAUUCCGCAACAAUUAGCAGAUCCUAAUUUCGCGGUAACUGGAAGAAUAGAUAUGCUUUUAGGCGCGGAGGUAUUUUUCGAAAUUAUCAAGGCUGGAGAUAUCCGCGUUGCAAACAGUGAUUUGGUGUUUCGCAAUACUGUUUUUGGAUACAUUGCAACUGGAGCAAUAAAUACCCGCACUCCAGAAAUUCACUGCGGUUUCAUAACCACUCAAACAGAAGUCGAAGACUGCUUAGAAAAAUUCUGGAGAAUAGAGGAUAUAGACUAUAAAAUGAAAAUUCAGAGUGAAGAAGAAAAGUAUUGUGAAUCACAUUUUCAGAAUACUUAUCGCAGAGAUGAGCAUGGACGAUUCAUCGUAGAGAUGCCAGUUAAGGACGUUGAGCGUUUAGGAGAGUCCAAAGACUUAGCCGUGCGACGUCUGAAUCAACUAUGGAAAAGAUUAUCCAGAAAUCAAGAAAUGCAAGAUUUAUACAAAUCAUUUAUGCAGGAGUACUUAGACAUGAAUCAUAUGGAAAAAUAUGAUGAUAAUGAAAGCAAUUCCGGUAAUCAAAUUACCUAUUACCUCCCACAUCACGGUGUUUAUCGUCCAGAGAAGGCAACCACUAAGUUACGUGUUGUGUUCAACGCUUCAUCAAGUACCUCAACGGGUGUGAGCUUGAAUGAUGUCAUUUUGAAGGGGGACGUGGUCGAGGACAUUUUCGAAAUCAUGACUCGAUUUCGUAAACAUAAAUAUGCUUUCACGGCAGACAUCCAAAAGAUGUUUCGACAAAUCAAAAUAGAUCCAUCGCAGCUUGAUCUUCUAAGAAUUGUGUGGAAAGAUUCAGAGUACGCAAAACCGGUAACAUUCAGACUCAAGACAGUCACUUACGGAACUGCUUGCGCUCCAUUUCUCGCAAUCAGAACUCUCAAGCAGUUGGCUAAAGAUGAAUCACGAUUUCCACUGGCAUCAUUAGUUCUUUUGGAAGAUAUUUAUAUGGACGAUAUCGUUUCAGGUGCUCAAAGUUUAGAAGGUGCUCAGAAAGUGCAACAACAGCUGAACGAUAUUCUAUCAACUUGUGGAAUGUCUCUUCAUAAGUGGAACUCUAAUUCAAGGGAGUUAAGGAACAGUUUACCAUUAGGUGACCCAGCAGAGCAUGAUUUUGCAUCAGAAGUUGAUGCGAGUGUCAAAACUUUGGGUGUAAGGUGGAAUUCAAUUGAAGAUCAAUUUACGUUUAAAGUAUCCAUCCCAGAAAUGACCACCAAAUUCACUAAGCGUGAAGUGCUGAGUUUUAUAGCAAGACUGUAUGACCCAUUAGGCCUUUUGCAACCUGUCAUCACGAAAGCAAAGAUGUUUCUCCAAAAAUUGUGGGUACAUAAACUGUCGUGGGACGAUCCCCUUCCACCACAAAUCGCAGGUCAGUGGCUUAAUUUUGCAUCAUCUAUGCAACAUAUAGAAACUAUUCGCAUUAAUAGAUACAUUUUAACUGACUUUUUUACAAAAACUGUUUUAAUGGGUUACGCUGAUGCCUCGGAAUUAGCGUAUGGAGCUGUGGUUUACAUGUAUUGCCCAGGCCUAGCUGAAUCAAGCACUUGCCAUAUUAUUGCAAGCAAAUCUCGUGUUGCCCCCAUUAAAGUAAUUUCUAUACCACGUUUAGAGCUAUCAGCUUGCUUACUUCUUUCUCAACGUGUAAGAAAGAUUUAUAAUUCUCUUAAAAUGGACAUUGACGAAGUCAUUUUGCAUACAGACUCGACCAUCGCACUUGCAUGGAUUAAAACGCCAGCUCACCAGCUUAAAACCUUUGUUGGAAACCGAGACGUUAAAAUGUUUUUUGCUCCUUAA